GAUUGGCGAUAAGCGAUAAGCGCACAACUUUUUGAUAAUUGGGGCUUAAUUGUCAACUAAACGCUUCUACAACAAAAGGAAUCAAUCUCUCAUCCCUCCCAGGCCGUCAUCACGUUACCGUUGCAGUCACUUUUGCCGAGUCUUGACAGCCAUUCACAAUGUCUCACCAGAAGAACGAGAAGGACGUCGGUGACGCUCCCAAGAGCCACCGUAUCCGAAUCACCCUGACCAGCCGAAAGGUUCAGUCUCUCGAGAAGGUCAGCGCUGAGCUCAUUGAGCGUGCUCGCAGCAAGGGCCUCACCAUCAAGGGCCCCGUCCGUCUGCCCACCAAGAACCUCAAGAUCACCACCCGCAAGACCCCUUGUGGUGAGGGUUCCAAGACCUGGGAUUCCUACGAGCUCCGCGUCCACAAGCGCCUUAUCGACCUCCACGCCCCCACCGAGGUUGUCAAGUCCGUCAUCGUCAACAUCGAGGCCGGUGUCGAGGUUGAGGUCACCAUCGCUGCUUAAAUGUGGUCACUGUCCUAGUCAGUGGUCGAUAUGCUCGGCUUCGUCCUGACAUUGUGAAGGAAGGGAAUGAUGGGAACAUCAAGAUCUUGCUCACAGCAAGAGUGGUGGAUAUAGGAUACUCAGUUAUGAUUAAUGAAUCUCUGGGAACCUCGUGUUCUACCAUUCAAAACCAUGAAGAUCAUGAUAUUGUUGUGUUGUCUGACAUGGUGACUUUGACUCGGCAUGUUUUGCGAACAGUAUUCAACUCGCUCUUAACCAGGAGCUGUGGACUAAGUAAAGCAUCCAUGUACGAAUCGAAAUCAACCGAACUUAUGUGUGGACGCAGGAUGCAUUGCAGAUGCUUAUUCACUUUGUAUUAAAAAAUAAAGUAAAAUAAAAUAAAAAGCAAGAUAUGGAUAGACUGAUAGAGGCAAUCUUGCUUUAGCCAGUGCCAAAAGGAGUAUUCUUGGGAUAUAACCCACGAAUUAUUUCUUUUGACCCAAGGUCGG